UAACGUCGUCUGCAUGUUUUGAAAUGAUAUAACCUCGUGUGAGCAGCCGCAAUGUUUUUAUAAUAAACCGCAAAUUUUUUUGUAAAUCAAAUUUAGUUAAUAAUUUUAGUUUUAGUUAAUAAUUUUUUUUCAAAACUCGUCGAUGUUUAACGAUCGAAAUUUGCGAGAAUAAGAAAAUGCUGCGAAGGAUUUUUAACCGUGAAUUCGCGAGUGCAAUAAAAAGAAUAAAAUCUUACAGUGUGACUUGUGAAAAUAAAUUUUGCGAUUAUGCAAAAAAUGCGAAAUCAAAUGCCCCGAGUGACGAAUCCUGGAGAAUUUUAUUCUUUGGAUCUGAUAAAUUUGCUACGGAAAGCUUAAAAGCCUUACAUUCUAAAUACAAAGAUAAAAAAUUAGUUCGACACUUGGAAAUCGUCACUGCUUAUCAAGGUCAAGAAAAUUGCCUCACCAAAUAUGCAAAAAAAAAUAAAAUUCCCCUUCAUGUAUGGCCACCAGAGAUCAGUGAAGGAAAAUUUGACAUCGGUAUAGUAGUGUCAUUUGGCCACUUGAUACCAGAAAAAAUUAUAAAUAAAUUUCCACUAGGAAUGAUAAAUGUCCAUGCUAGUCUUUUACCAAGAUGGAGAGGAGCUGCACCAAUUUGUCAUGCUUUGAUCAAUGGUGACACAUACACUGGAAUAUCAAUUAUGAAGAUUGCUCCGAAAAAGUUUGAUAUUGGUUCAGUUAUAAUGCAACAAAGAAUUGAAAUACAUCCUGAUGACACACAAAUUGAAUUGUAUGACAAACUAUCAAAAUUAGGUGCUGAAGUACUAUCAAGGACAGUUGAUAAACUCCCAAAUAUUUUAAAUUCAGCACAAUCACAAGAUGAAAAAGAAGUCAGCUAUGCUCCUAAAAUUACCAAAGAUACUUCUUUUGUCAACUGGGCAAUUAUGACCGCUAAAAAUGUCUGUGAUUUACAAAGGGGUUUAAAUGGUAUUUAUCCCUUGAGAACUUAUUUCAAUAAUGUGCCAGUAAAAAUUUUGAAUGUGAAAUUGGUCACAGACACUAGUAAUAUACCUCAUGUACAUGAAAAAACUCCUGGUUUAACAGUUUAUGAUAAAAGUACAAAGAAACUUUAUGUUUGUUGUAAAGAUGAUACUUGGGUGUCUGUAGAAAAAAUUGUUAUUCCUGAUCAUCGACCAUUGAAUUCUCAAGCUUUUGGUUCAGGAUAUAUAAUGAAUACAAAAGAGAAAUAUUGCUUGUUUGGUUGAAAAAGUAUUUAAUACUUAAUUACAGUAUAUUCAUACGAUGAAUCAUUUGUACAUAUUUAUAGUAACUUGUAAAUAUAAUAAUUAUUGAACAGAUUCUUUAAGAAAAA